AUGAGCACCGGCUAUUAUGAUUCAAUUUCUGUCGGCAAGGGAAGGUGGCUCGACUACUCGGGACGUUGGUUCUGGAAAUCUGGCAUUGUACCCUGUGGUUAUCUCUUCGCAACAUCAUCCAUGGGUUUUCUGCAGUUCUUGAGCCUUUGGGGACCAGCUAAUCGAUCGACGGACAUUGCUGUCUCAGCUCUGGUUCGGGAUCCUGAAAAGUCGUCGUCCAAGUCAUCAUCAAGAUCAUCGUCCUCAUUGUCCAGCGUCGCCACGCAUCAGCGGGUGCUCCUCCUCCAUGGCCCCAAACAGCCAUAUACCGAAGUUUCGGGUCACCCUACGCCUAUGCUUUUGGAUGACCGAGAAAUCCUUGUCCGGAACCGAUUCAUCGGCCUGAAUCCAAUCGAUUGGAAAGCACCGGAUUUCAAUUUCGGCAUUCCAGAACUCCCUUACAUCUCGGGACGGGAGUUGGUAGGAGAGGUCGCCAUACGUCCUCGGCGGAAAUCACGCUUCAAACCCGGUGAUCUGGUCAUUGUCGUCGCCACCGACUACAGAGACCUUCGCAAGGCCGCUUAUCAGGAAUAUGUCGUGGUGACCGACUUCAACGCUGCCAGGCUCCCGCCCAACAUUCCCGCCGAAUCGGGAUCUGCUCUGGGGGUUGCUUUCGUCGCCGCAGCCAUUUGCCUGGGUAUCUGUACAGGCUUGGACUUUUCCGGCGUCGCCCAUGGACCUGACUUGCUCUCCAUAGUCAGACAACUUGAUCCCUCCCGGCUCCCAGAGGACAUCAGAUCCGAGUGCUUGACAGGGAUCGACAAGGCUGAGCGAGCCAAGAAGGGGGAUUGGCUUGCUAUAUGGGGAGGCUCUUCCACCAGCGCUUUCAUGCUGAACCAAAUCGCGCGCCUUCUUGGAAUUCGAACCAUCAGCAUCCUUGAUCAUCGGAAACAUGCCCUCAAGAUGUCGGCCGCCUCCAUCACGAGAUCCGACAUCUUGGUCGACAACCACAACCAUGAACGCGCCAUUGAAAUCGUCAGAUCAGCGACGAAUAACCGCCUUCGCUUUGCCGUGGAUACAGUGGGACGCGAAACGGCUGGACGUCUGCUGCAUUGUCUACAGCAACAUCCUUCACCUGUCGAGGGCGGAGCUAAUACCAAGUCGCCUUCUGCGCACCUAACAGGUCUGACAGGAUUGCCUAAGAUAUCGCCGCCCACGAACACCCAAUUCCACACUGUCCCGAUUAAAGUAUUCCACGAGGUACCGGAAGUAGGAGAGACUCUGAUGCUUUGGCUUGAACGGCUGCUGUCACGAAGACUCCUGGUCCCACCCACGGUAUUAGGUGUUGGAGAGGGAUUUGGGUCGGUCAAUGCGGCUUUAGAUCGUAUGAGAAGGGGAGAAGUCAGUGGCGGACGAAUGGUGGUGCGGGUUCCUUAA